CUGAAGGCGGCUAAUGUAAACUGUUACGUGUCUUUAUAAAGGUAGUUUAGUGGGACUGUAAUCACUUGCUACAAGUCUUUCUGUUAACUUUCUGCUUCAAACAAACGCUGAAAUUUUAUUAAAUUGAUGUACAUGUCUCAACUGGAAGCUUAGGCAUAGAUACUAAUUACUGAAGAACUGUAACUGUUGCAACCAGAUGGCGACACCUUUGCCUCCAGCCGACACAGAACAACAGAACAUUAUUGAUAAAUUGGCCGAAUUUGUGGCUAGGAAUGGGCCAGAAUUCGAAGCAUUAACAAGCGAAAAACAGAGGGACAACCCGAAGUUCGCAUUUCUCCGGGGUGGCGAGUACCGUGAAUACUACUUGUAUAGAGUAAACGAAGCUCUUAAAGUCUGGCAGCAGCAGUAUUCAAUGAAAGAUAAAUCUCUUCAGCCUUUUGAUCGUAGAAACAAUUGGGUUAAUAUGAAUGAUCAAUGGGAUCAGUAUAGCGGUAGCGCCGAGCACUGGCAGCGUUAUAGUGCGCCCCCACAAGGGCAUUGUGGUUGGGGCGGUCCUGAUCCCACUUGGUAUCCGAAACCACAGUGGCCUUACCCGCAAGGUAUACGUAUGCCUGGUUGUCCUCCUGCAUUUCCGUUUCAUCCACCUCCCAAUGCAAUGGAUUCCUAUCAUCAUGGGAACUUCAACAAUCCUCCUCAAUAUGGCUAUCCUGGACAACAUGGUGCCUUCCCCCCUCAGCAGUAUUCGUUUGGACCAGAGUCUUAUCAUGCAUCAGGAUCAUAUGAAUAUCAAGUUUCCAAUAGUUCUGAAUUAGGGGAGGCUGAUAUUGAACAAAGUGAGAAGAAUCUGGCUGCCCAGCAUGAAUCAUUGCUUGCGCGUCAAGAAGUUGAAAUUCAUGAACUUUUGGAUAAGAAAAGAGAAGAAAAUGUUCGAAAGGCAGGAGAGAAACUAAACAUGUCUUGGGAGCAAAUGAAUGAAAUGAUUCAGCCACUUAUCGAGGCCUGUACAAAGGAAAAUAUAUCAAAAGGAAAAUCUUGGAUUGUUGAUAAAAUGACUGAGUCACCUGAAUUGACUAAGUUAAUGUCUGACUAUUUAAUAGCUCGUGCUAGUGCCACCCGUGUUUCAUUUGAUUUGAGAUUACACUUAGUCUACCUACUGAAUGAUUUACUUCAUCAUUCGAAACGUCGUGGUGCUCCCGCUCAUUUACAGGAAGCUUUACAAGAAACAGUACCAAUCAUAUUUUGCUUAGCAACUGAAAUAGCAGACGAGGAACAAAAAGCUAAAAUCAAUCGUGUUUUAAGCCUAUGGGAAACCAAUUCUUAUCUACCAGCCGAGGUGUUGGUGAAGAUGAGGCCACCGGAAUCAUCUAAAUUCUUAACAGAAUGGAAAGAAAGUCAAUCGAAGCCGUAUGAAGUUGAAAUAGACAAAAUAAAGUCAAAUAUUAAAAAUCAAUAUACUAGCCUUGAGAGACAACAUCAAGAGUUUGCAGAUCAUGUUCGUCGUCAGUUAGCAUCAUCACAUUCUGAUAAGUCUGAUGAAUCUAGAUCUGAUAAUCAUCAUUCACAGUACGGAUCAUCUCAUCAUUCUAUGCAGAGUGUAGAUCCUAAUUUUGCUUACUGGGGGCCGCCACCACCAUCACAAGGUUCCACUGGAUACGAUAUGAGUUCACAAGAAAUGAUGAAUAGCUCGGAUAUGAGGGAUAUGCAACGUCGAAUGCCUAGUUAUCCCCCACCACAUAUGCCAGGUUAUACAGGCAAUGCUGGUGCAGGUGGAGUUCCUGGUGGACCGGGUUAUCCUCCUCAAAUGGGAUGGGCACCGCCUGGUCAGCGGGAUUCUUCUAAAUGGAACCAAUCUAUGCCUAAUUAUAACACUCAAUCUGGACACAGGAAUCAUGAAUUGAGCAGCAAUGUCUACAUAGAAGGUGAAGAACCAGAUGAUGAACAACAAUCUCAAUACUCCGCUUCAUCGUAUGAUUGUAAAACACAAAAAGAUAGUGAAUCAGUUGCUGUAGACAAGAAAAAAAAAUCCAAUGAGAAAACAACUUCCUAUAGUGGUUAUUACAAUAACAAUAAUACUGUUAAUAAUGAUUAUCGACAAUAUGAAGAAUCUAAUCGAAGUGGUCGAGAUGGCAGAGAUAGUCAAAGCAAUCGUGAUGGAAAGAGUCGAACAUCUCGAGGUAAUCGUCCUUCAAGAUUUUCUUCUGCUCCAUCUCAAUCUGAAACGUGUACAGAGAAAAAAGCGGAUACAAGUGAAAGUGUUAAAAGUGCUACCAGUACUGAGGAGAAUAAAACACCAAUGACUGAUACGGAAGAUUCAAAAGAUAUAGAAACUUCUUCUACACAAGUUGUUGAAGCUUAUGAUAUAAAUGAAAAGUAUCCAGCAUGGCAAUUACCUGCUGGAUUAAUGCAUUCAUUAAUUAAACUGAAAGAUUUCGACUUUACUCCUAUAUCUGAGAGUGAUCUUCAACUGUUGCCUGCUAAUACACCAUCUGAGCGGUUACUUAUAGCACUGGAAAAUUUCUACAUGCCACCUACACCCGAUAGACCACGUGACGGGGAAGGAUGGGAACACUUGGCUUUGAAUGAAUUUUACGCGAAAAAAGAACGUGCUCGUCCUGUUGAACAAAAAGAAAAAGAUGAGAAAGAUAACAUUUCUACUGGUAAAGGGAAAUCAAAUCGACGUCGUCAGAAUAGUGGUAGUAGUUAUGCCAGCAGUCAUUCUGAUCUCGAUUUCACCAGUGGAUUUGCUUCAGAUCAACGUGACUGUACAGUUGAUGUCGAUAAACCGUUUUCUCGUGACUCCACAAAUGGUGAAGUUUCUUUGGGACCGCCACAACUUGCAUAUAUAACAGCUUAUCCCAAAGCUGCAGUUGGUCAGCCUCUCCGUACUGGUAAUGAAGCACUUACAUUGGCUCCUCCUCCCAUGCAGUGUAUGCAAGGACAACUUACUCAUAACUACAGUGCUUACAAGGCGACUGGUGUGCAUCCAGGGAUUCCUAUUCCAGUUCCUCCAAUGGCAGGCCUGCUCGGUACAAUCCCACCUGGCCCAGGUGCAUUCCCGAAUACAAGUUUCCUCCAGUUUCCUCCUCCUGUUAAUCAACCGCCUCCAGCACUCCCUAUACCUCAAGGUCUCAUACAGAGACCUCCUCCGGGAUUUUCUGCUGAUCGUUUUGAAUCUCGAAGAUCACGUUCUCGUUCCAGGUCCGACUCACGUUCAAAGUCUGCGUCACGUUCGCGUUCCCGUGAUUUCCACUCCCGUUCAGGAUCUCGAUCCGAUUCUCGUAGUUCUCGAAGCAGAUCACGAUCACGUUCAGAUUCUCGUGAUUCUCGUUCGAAAUCUGGAUCACCACGACGUGAUGAUGAAAGUAGUAGUAACCAGUCUCGUGGUUUUUCUAGAAGUCGAAGACGCAACAGAUCGCGUUCACGUAGUUCAAGUUCACCAAUGGCUCGAUUCACUUCAGCACCUGGACCUGGUGGUAUUACACCAGGUAGCAGUGGCAGUGGUAGCGGGAGCAGUAAUAUGAAUGCUGCUCGAGCUGCUGCAAUAGCAGCUGCUGUUUCUAUAGCUAACUCAAUCAAUGCACAAUCUGGAUGGUCUAAUAAUAACAACAAUAACAUAAACACCACCGCCGUCGCCGCCAACAAUAAUAAUAACAAUGUACCGAUUAGUACAUUUAACAACCAGGGUUUCAAUGGACCAGCUCUUCUGCCUGGAGGUCCAUUCGCCGAUUCCAACAGAAUUUCAUACUAUCCUAGUGGAUAUCAAUCUAACCAGAACCAAGGACAGCAAAAUCGUGGUGUAGGUGCCCUACGUGGCGGUUUCAGCCUUAGCGGUAUGCCAGGUCGAGGCGGUGGUGGUGUUGGUGGUGGUAUGCGAUAUCAUGGUUCUGAUGAUCGUUUUUAUCCACCGCAACGUGAUCAUCAACGCCGAUAA